GGAGGUAUUGUAGUUUAACAAUCUUGUCUUCCGGUUCAUUGCCGUGCGUUUUGACACGCAAUUAACAAUGCAGUAGGUGUGCCAGCUCAUGAAAUUUUGACGAAAUUCUGAAAUGAGUUUUCGUUUCGGGAAGAUCGAUUAAAGUAGGGAUUUGGUGUCCGUGCGGCUUGUCCUUUCGUCCCUUUUGCGUAUGCAGCGGUUGGCGAAGUUGUGCGGGUAGCCAUUGGCUUUGAUGACCCGUCGGAGUUAUUGUAGUUCGGCAGUCUUGUCGCCCUGCUCACUGCAGUGCGUUACGACACGCCGAUAGACCGUUCUUACACAACUGCGCUAGUGGCUGACUAGGUGGUUGCUGCUAGAGUUCAGUACAUGUAUCAUGUUUGCUGCUUUCCUGAACGCUUUGGUCGUUAGGCCACCACAAUCUUUGCGGCGUACGAGGACAUCCAGGUAGGCCAGCUGGUUGUUCUCUUCCUCCCGCAUCGUAACUGGAAUAUCCAGGAAGGCUGCGCUGAGGCGUUCUUUGAAUGUCAGCAUUUGAUCGCAGUCGAUGCUGACGAAGGUAUCAUCCACACACCGGGCCCAGAACUUCUGUCUGUGAUGUUGGAAGCCCAGCGAUUCUAACCGUUGCAGGACCUCCUUGGCCAUUGGUGUGCCCCUCACUUGUUCGUAUAUUGUCCCGUCGAACGUGAAGUACGUCCUGAGACAGGACUUCAGAAGCCGAUGGACUUGGACGUGUCCAAAACGAUCCUCCUCUUCAUCGUAUUUGCAUUGUUAAAGCAACUUGAUUGCCUCGAUCGCCAGAUCCUGGGGGAGAGAGAUAAAAAGGGACGUAACAUCGAAAUAUACCAUGACCUCAGUUGGAUGAAGACUUACCCCUUUGAGUUUAUCCAGGAAUUAUUCAGACGAAUAGACGGUAGUGUCUGCCUCAGUGGUCAGGAUCUUGAGAAGUCGGAACAGCCAAUUAGCCAGUUCGUACAUUAGAGUAACUUUUAGCGAAGCAGGAGAUCGGCGCGGAGCGGCCUCUUUGUGCACCUUAAGGAGGCCAUAGAAUUGAACCAAAACCGUAUCUUGGGUCUUGCCAUGCUCUUGUCCCAGCUAUCCUGUAACCUUCUUCACGGCUGCUUCCUGGGACUCGUCCCUUCGCUUCCAUUGGCAACAUGCUUAUGUAUGACUGGGAACUCGUUUGGUUAAUCCCUUAUCUAUAGAAAGGGUACAAACGUUUGUAAUAUUACGACAUGACGGAUACUGGUCACUGCCACGUAGCAUUUCACCCGACAGAAUCCUUAAACCCGAACUUGGUGUUGCUGUUGGGACAGAUGCAGACGUCUGCCGUCUAAUCCAAGAUCUACAGUUACCCAUCUCUAUAAACACUGCCAUUGUCCGGUCGGCAGCGGUCAACCGGACUUUUGGACUCUCACAAGGCUAUUUUCUUCGCCCUCCAGAUUUUCUCGGAGCAGGUAGCACCAAGAAAGGUCGUUCCUAACCCAACGCCAUUUACAAGCCUGGAGCUUCAUGUUCCUUUCCGCCAAAGCUGCGCGGCACACGGCCAUAAUGUGUUACUGAGGUUAACAGAGAGUUGAUUAGAGAUUUCCUCGAAUGUUCGAUUUCGAGGUUCUCACUCCUUUGGCCUUUUAGCACUGUGCUGGAAAUCCUUUUUCGCCUUCUAUUUAUGGCCUAUUGUAUUGUCGCCCUUACCCCGUGUAUCUGGUCCUUCAGGCUGGCAGUCCCGACCCCGCCCUCCUUGUGCGUGCUAUCGAGAGGAUUCACUCACGCCUCGGCAACUUUGGACGCAGCAUGCUAGAAGUUCUUGGACCUGAGUGGGCGCAGCCUGAGGUAGGCGGUAACAACGGUAACGGACUACUGACGGCAGAUCAAUUCAAAAUGCGCCUGGAUGAUGCUUGUCUGCAGACCCUCUUACGUGUCGUCAGUGUCUGUAGCCAACACCAGCUGCAGUUGCUUCGGCUACAAACGGCGGACUGUUUCACAGACAUCCGCCACCAGCUUCUGCAAGCGGCCAGAACUGACUCAAGGUUGGCGCACAUUUCAGCUCUAUUAAUACAGUCUCACCUCCUACUCACUCGCAAACAGUAGCAAUGUUUAUUUCAAAUAUGUGCGCCAUCAUUGUGAUUACGUACUCCAGAAUAAGAGGUUAUGUAUGAAACGACUACAAGACGCACCUAUAUUUUGCAGGUACACUUGUGUAGAAUAGCUCCACCAAUUGUAUUUGAUCCCAUGGGCGGCUCCGCUCACGCAGUUUGCCAUCAUAUUCCAAAACUACAUGGUGUUGGAUUUCAUCAUGCAUUUGCCAUUGGUUCUACCACGGUUCCUUUAAGCUUAGUACUGGGACAUUUUAUUUGUUAACGUGGGUCUGGCAGUCACCAAUAUCUAUCGAUGACACUUCACGGUUACUGAUUUUUGACCACUUCGCGUCCGUCUCUACGGCUUUUAAACUCAGAGCGACUUGCGAAACGUAGGUGUCCACUUACAUCGGGCCAAAUAUUUCCCAUUUUGGGCAUUGAACGCGCAGGUGAGAGCGUUUGACUAACAAACAAUGGAUGACUAAAUAACUCGGAUUCGAACCUCGAGAGUGCAUCCUGGGAUCGGCCAGUCGCUGACUGUCUCACGACUCAAUAUUCCUAUCCAUGUCAGUAACUUCUUUCGCGUCCUGUCAGCCGUCUGAAAUUAAUCUCAGACAUUGUUUUUUCCUCGCUUCCCUCACAGCUCACUCCGGGAUCGCGAUAGCCGUGUAAGCAUCACGGAUAUUUACCACGGUCUGAGUCGCAAAUUGGUGGAGAACCUGCGUUCAACCCUUAAAAAGCUAGAGGUAAGCCUUUUUUUACCCUGAUUGCCUAAUUCACCUUGCCUCUGCCGGUGGCCGUUAACUUCGAUUCACACGCGUCCAGCUGCUCAGCACAUAUAUCGCCUUUCCAUCUAAGUCUGUCAACCUCGCCAUCCAAGAGCAGCCAUACCUACCUUAGGCGACCGGCAAACGAACUGGCAGUUUGACCGUUGCGGGCGAGGAAGCCCAUCCUUAUUUCCAGAGUGCAGUGGGGAAUCGCGCGUUUAUAUGUUUGCAGCGAAGCGGACUUGCCCAGCACCCACCUGCCUCAUCGUUCUCGCUUGUCACUUUCUGUUGUCAUGGUAAACCUGAGACAACUAGAGAUCGACGCGGACGCAGUGACCGUCAAGGCUAAAUAUUUGCUGAUAGAAGCGAACAGGCGAGCUACCGAAAGCAGUUCAGAAGAAGAUGAUGAUGAUGAUGAAAUCACUGGAACUAGAAGUUUAUUGACCUGACGUUUCGUAUUCUUACUCGAACCCAUCGUCAGAGACGGUUGCAGAUAAAGGCAGUGGAGGCACAAGGACUGCAGUAUUUAUGGUACGUAGUUGCCAUACGUAGACGCUGAUGACACGUCAGUCUGCGUCCAAAUCGUUACUUGCCGCAAUUUCAUCAUCCGUAUUGGGUGUUGACGUAAUGACUACUCGGCAAAUUGGCCCGCUGUUACCGGGAUAAUUGAUCGUCCGCACCCUCCCCACGUGACUGAUUUCCCUGCUCAGGGUUAUGUCUCAGUACUGAAUAUGGUACCGGGAGAUCGUUGCACUUGUUGAUGGGUUACAGGCCUGAGAACCAUGACUCCAACACCUCGCAUCCCACGCGGUUGUCAGCUCUUGUGAGAAUUUCAGCCUAUUGAAACUCAGAAAUAUGGCCGGGUUCCGUGGAAUGAACUGCUACCUGCGAGCUGCCGUCCUUCCUCCCCACCGCCGCUGCGUGUUCGGGCAUGCGCGUCCGGAGUAGUCUCCCAGUUUCUCCGACGUAGUUGCUCUGUCCGCAACUGUAAUAGACCCGGUUAACGACUCUAGGCGUUUCCUGUCAUGGCAGCCGUUCUUUCGGCCUCAUGACUUGGCGAUAAAUAUUUGCAUCUCCCACGAGUGCUGUUCCCUACGUCCAUAUGAAGCAGGCUUCAAUUAAUGGGCGAUCCCGGAUCUCAAAGAAAUGGAAAUCUCUUAAGGUUCUUGUUUAGCAGGAGUUUAUGUAGUCUGGCCACCAUUCCUGAGAAGAGUCGUAUUAUCGUGUCAGUUGGCAACCUCCCCCUCCACGAAUGUUACCUCCUCGCGGUAACUGAAGCAUGUGCUCAAUUGUCUUAUGGCGAGGAAGCUGAGCUCUGGACCCGAACCACGUCGACAUCAUGGCUGAAAGCAGCGACUAGCAUGUCAUUAGCCUUUGUCUAAAACGUACCACAGGCAUGCGCGGCCGCCACAUAAUAUGGGUCGGUAUGUCCGCACGACCGUUUGCUUACUUGACACGGCUGCGAUCAUGCCUAAUCUAGCCGGCCUCGAUGAUGUCCCGAACUGUACGUCUCCACGCGUUAAUAUCUGUGGCAGCAGAUCUGAAAAGACCAAUCCAUUCUCUUCGCCAACGACGAAGAUCCAAGAACCACCUCCAUGUCAUGACGAACUGUAUCGAGCCAGGUUCUGAUUUGAGACGCCCUCUUCGACGCCUCCAAUGGGGGUAACGGUGCCGGAUCGAGGGCAGUAACACUGACCUCCUAAGGUGGACGACGAAGAACAUGCCCGAACCACCUCAGUCGUCUUUCUUGGAUGGCCUGAAUUAUCCUUGCGAAGUUGUCGCAGUAUGAACUGUCUCAUUUGAGACGAAGUCGGUGUACUUCACUCGAAGGAUGGUCCUCAAGCAGUGGUGGUCAAAUACCUCCAGUUUUCGCUCGUCCUCCACUCCCACAGCCCAGCACUCACAACCGUAGAGAAGGACAGACCGGACAGAUGCAUGGUGCACGCGAAUCUUAGUGGUCACGUCGGGUCCAUAGGCAUUUUGGAAGGCUUGAGAAAACCCAGCGGGCAGCAUCAAUUCGGGAGACGAUGCCGUCCUUACUCUGUCCAUUAGACAGCAGCCUCACCCCGAGACAUUUAAAACUGUCUGCUUGUUCAAGUUGACAGCCAUCAAUCCCGAGGAGUACCUUCUCCUGGUCAGGGAUGCAGUUUGAAAACGCCUUAGUCUUCCCGGUGCUUAUGGAUAAACUGACCGAUUUAGCGACCUUGUUCACCCGUGACGCCAUAGACUGCAGAUCACCAAAACUUGAAGCAAGUAAGGCAAUAUCCUCGACAUAGUCGAGAU